AUGCCAAAUUAUGUGAAGUUUAAGAACAAAAUUUUAACAAAUAAAAGGAAGUUGGGGGACUAUGAGACAGUGGCACUUAUUGAGAAUUGCAGUGUGAUAAUUCAAAAGAAACUACCUCCCAAGCAUAAUGAUCCUGGUAGUUCUAAUAUACCAUGUUCUAUAAGGGUCUCUGCGGUGACAAAGGCUUUAUGUGUUUUAGGGGACAGUGUGGAUUUAAUGCAUCUAUCAAUCUUUUGGAAGCUAAAUUUGGGAGAAGCUUGGCCUACUUUUGUGUCUUUGCAGAUAGCAGAUCGAUCAGUCAAACAUCCUCGUGGAGUGAUUGAGGAUGUAUUGGUGAAGGUGGACAAAUUCACCUUUCCUGUGGACUUUAUCAUUCUUGAUAUGGAGGAAGAUGGAAAUAUUCCAAUAAUACUUGGAAAGCCAUUCUUGGCUACUGGUAGGGCUUUGAUCGAUGUACAAAAGUGUGAGUCAAAGUUGCGAGUGCAAAAGGUGGAGGUCAUGAAUCAUGAGCUAAACGUGAAAAUAAGAAGAAAUGGUGGAAAACUGUAA